AUGACCGAGCCACGAGAUGGCUCGGAGAAUUCAAGCAUUCCACCAACACAAGAAAAGAAGUAUUGGGUCCCAACCUCGUUGCGGCGUCCAUAUCUUUUCACUGUUGCUGCUCUCUUCUUGUCCAUGUCAAUUGCGAUCGAAGCUAUUCGUCAAUAUUCCAAUCGUCACCAGGGUCUCGUUCAUCUUUUGUCUUACACGGAACUGGCCAAUUUCUCCACAAGACUCCCCACGUACUUGCCAACAGCAUUCGCUGUGCUAGCAAUGACACUAUGGAACAUAUGUUCCCUCGACGUGCUGCGGCUGGAGCCGUACUUUCAAUUGGCCAACCCGAAGGGAGCCCCCGGGACAGUGCUGUUCACCAACUAUUGCUAUUUCUUCGGCAUUUUGGCUCCGAUAACGGCGAUGCGAAACCGUCAUUGGAUUGUGGUCUUCGUCUCAUCUACUGCGAUGAUACUUAGAAUGGUUCUGCCAUCCCUAAUGUCAGGGCUUGUGGCCCUGGAGGAGAAUGACAUGGUUUCCUUGCAGCCUGUUUAUACCUGGCCCAGUUUGGUCAACCUGGAAAACCAGAAUGAUUGGCUAGCAGAAGACAGACAUCAUUCCGGAAACCGAACGCAGUUUCAUGCAGACACGUUUUUCUUUUAUCGAACUCUCGAAUACGCCACACCACCCAUCUCGAGGCCAAUAGAUUGGGAAUAUCGUUCGACUUGGCAAUUGAAUCAACUUGCUUACUGGGCCAAUUUGAGCUGUACGGAAGUUACGUUGGAAAAUAUUGUUCCUCAUACGUGGAAUAUAUCCAACUCGACCAAUGCUGCUUCCAAGGAUGGCUCAGGAGCAGCCUUGACCUGGAACAUACGCAACGUCCAACUCGAAAAUGCUUCCGAAUGCAAAUUGGAUGUUUCCCUGAAUAGCUCCUUUCCAGACAACAAAGGUUCGUUCCAGCUGCGACACUGGGAGCCUCUUGAUCCUGAAAAUACUACCAACUCAACAUCGACCUUGAAUCUCACCGGGUGCGGGUCGUUUUCGCUGAUAGGCCUCGCUAUCAAUGUAAACACUACAUCAUCGGAGGGUUUAUUAUCCAAUGCUACGGUUUUUGGAUGUCGGAGCGCAUAUAUGCACGCCAUGGCGGAGAUCUCGCUCCCCGUGAAUACCUCUGUCGCCACUAUUACAAACAUUUCUAAAACGAAGACCAACAUGACCUCAUCAGAAAUCAGCAUAAGUGGCCUCGAAAAAAACCUUCUUACGAGAUAUCGACGCGGAAAUCUUCCGUUGUUGGGUCCCGGGUACCAACAUUCUAGUUCUGACUGGACUGGAUCGAUCGAUACGAAUGGCACCUUGACCAGCCUGCUGAAGCCCUUGACAGUUGGCGACUAUCAGCAAGAGAUUCGCCACCUUUGGAACCGACAUUUCACUAUCUCGAUGAAUAAAUUCUUCAACACCACAGCUUCCGCGAUGGAGAUCAAGGCAAAGCAAACCACCCGUAGGAUUGUUUAUCGCGUGAGCUCUCAUUCUGCCAUAGUCGCGGAAUCCAUUCUUUUGGCAUCGUGUGUCUUGCUCAUUCUCAUGUCCUUCAUUUACCAACAUCGACCCAAUUUCCUGCAAGCCGACCCCGGCUCUAUCGCGGCGCAAUGCGCCAUCGUCACAGACAUGUUUACUUCGACAAACCCAGUGAUCAAGUCCGAUAUCGACUUUCACACGGCUACCCCGCGACAACUCCGCCGAUUUGCCCGAUCACUAUGGUGCCGAUGGACUGAUGGACCAGAGGGAAGGCAGAUAGACAUUAUCCCGAACGAAGGGCAUGUUGCAUCUUCGAAUACACGUACUUCCCGGCUACGAGGCCUUGCUCGACGUCCAGCAAGGCCACCACGGCGACCACGGUCCAAUGCGAAGCCUCAUUUCGUGAAGACGCCGUGGUUCCUACUCGAAUGCAUAACAAUAGCGGGGGUUCUUGCUGCAUUCGGAGCGUCUUUCCAAUUCAUUCAUCUGGACAAGCUCGAGUUACCCACCACUGGGGCGACAAUCCUCUAUCUAUAUUUGAUAUACGGACCCACCGUCAUAGCCUCAAUUAUCAGUUCCCUCUUCAUCUCAGUCCAUCGUCAUUUGAGUAACUUGGAGCCUUGGGUCCAACUGAAAGAGGGCAUGGCCUCAGCGCGACAAUCUCUGACUGUGAACUAUGGCUCCAAAACACCUAUCACGAUCUGGAAACAGUUUCGCUCAAACGCACCUCCUGUUUUAGUCUUGCUGUCCUCGGUCUGUUUGGUAGAUUUUUUCUUGACCGUUGUCAGCAGUGGAAUGUUCGAACCAACAGUCGAUCACUGGUCUGAGCUUACGACGGACUUGACGCCGCGAUAUAACCACUCUCACUUCUUUAACCCUGACGUCAGGGUUGAUUUUCACGGUUAUAACCUAAUCGAAGAUACUUUGUCCACGAACCAUUCUAUAUUGGCGUGGACAACCGCUAAUACCUCUUAUUUUCCCUUUGAAAUUCGACAAGACGACGAGUACCUGGAUUGGAAGAUGUACACAGCCCGAACACGUGGUAUUGGCGUCGACCUUCAAUGCGCGGAAAUCUCUUCCAGCAACUCACACAUCGCUUCCGAAAAUAGAACCUGGACCUAUACCCCCUCUCAGAGUUCCGUUGAUACGAACUGCAAAGUGGAACUCCAACCAACUAGGUAUCACCGUCAUUCAUCCAAUGAAUCGAUCUUUUUGAUUGCACCGAGAGACUCAGGUCUAUCAUGCCAGAAGUCUUUCGUGCUCGUGAGCUAUGGAGCAGCAACUGCCAUGGAUACAAUUCUCUCUGCAAACCCAACCGCAUUUCACUGCGAGCCAGAGGUCCAGAUCCAAGACUUUGAUAUCAAUUUCGGCGCUGAGGGUUUGAUCAAAUCUUAUUCGCCAGUAUCUGGCAGCAUGAUAACCAAAGGAUUGAUGUUCCAAAACGCGUCAGAUAGUCUGGCGGCGUUUACGCAAGGAUUCACGCGACACCACGACGGAUCAACACUCGUAACGAGUGAAAUAUACGAAACCUCGAAACUACACUUCGCAUCUCAAGACCAGACCGCUCUGCUGGGCGCCGUCAAGCUCGUCUACCAAUCAACUUUCAGCAUGCAUACAUCACUUUGGCGUGAUCUGUAUCUUGACGCUCUGCCAAGCGAACCACGCGUAAACCCAGUGAAUGCCACCGUCACCGCAGCGGUAUGGGGAAUCCCACCCUCGGACACCACAAUUGUCAUCAUGAUAAUCAUUCUAUCCUUCGACUUCGCCGUUCUCAUAGCCGUCUUCUGGCUACGACGCAAAUACUAUAACGGACCGCCUGUCCCUCGCUCGAUCGGCUCUCUUAUGCCAUGGAUUGCACACAGCCGCAUGCUAUCUGAUAUUCGGGGCACUGUGAACUGGAGCGAAACCGAACAGCGCGAUCACCUUGACGCACUUGGACGGCGGUUCCGGUAUGGACAAUUCGAUGCUUCGGGUGAGGGUGGUGGAACGGGGAGGGUGGCUCUUGACUUUGAUGAAAAAGCCUCGGAAGAUAGCCGGGGUGAGGAGUAUGAAAUGGAUGAUGCGCCUGGCUUGGGUCUCUCUUGUCCGGGGUAUCCCUUGGAGGUGUCACUGGCUGCAGUGGGGUCUGAGUCGACGCUUGUAGAUACACAUACACAUAGUACCUGA